AUGGCAGCAGGAGUGGCCGCCUGGCUGCCGUUCGCCCGCGCGGCGGCCAUCGGCUGGAUGCCGGUGGCCAGCGCGCCCAUGCCGCUGCCCCCGAAGGAGAAGCGGCGCGGGAAGGACGGGCUCAUCGUGCUCAACGUGAGCGGCACAAAGUUCCAGACGUGGCGGGACACGCUGGAACGCUACCCGGACACCCUGCUGGGGAGCACGGAGCGGGACUUCUUCUUCCACGAAGAGACCAACGAGUACUUCUUCGACCGCGACCCGGACAUCUUCCGCCAUGUCCUCAACUUCUACCGCACCGGGAAGCUGCACUACCCGCGGCAGGAGUGCAUCGCCGCGUACGAUGAGGAGCUGGCGUUCUUCGGCAUCAUCCCGGAGAUCAUCGGGGACUGCUGCUACGAGGACUACAAGGACCGGCGGCGCGAAAACCAGGAGCGCAUUCAGGACGACGAGGAGAUCGAGCAGUCCAAUGACCUGAUUGCCGUGGACAUGAGUUUCCGGGAGAGCAUGUGGCGCGCCUUCGAGAACCCGCACACCUCCACCAUGGCGCUAGUCUUCUACUACGUCACCGGUUUUUUCAUCGCGGUGUCGGUGCUUGCCAAUGUAGUGGAGACGGUCCCGUGCGGCACCGCACCGAACCGUGUCAAAGUGAUGUCAUGCGGUGAGCGGUACGAGCUAGCCUUCUUCUGCCUGGACACUGCGUGCGUCAUGAUCUUCACAGUGGAGUACCUGCUCCGCCUGCUGGCUGCUCCAAGUCGCUACAAGUUUGUGAAGAGCGUGAUGAGCAUCAUCGACGUGGUGGCCAUCAUGCCGUACUACAUCGGCCUGGUCAUGACGGACAACGAGGACGUGAGCGGUGCCUUCGUUACGCUGCGCGUCUUCAGAGUGUUUCGGAUUUUCAAGUUCUCGCGGCACUCUGCGGGACUUCGCAUCCUGGGCUACACGCUGAAGAGCUGCGCUUCGGAGCUCGGCUUCCUGCUCUUCUCCCUCACCAUGGCCAUCAUCAUCUUCGCCACUGUCAUGUUCUAUGCCGAGAAGGGGAUGUCCGGGAGCAAGUUCACCAGCAUCCCCGCCGCCUUCUGGUACACCAUCGUCACCAUGACGACACUGGGGUAUGGUGACAUGGUGCCAAAGACCAUCAUGGGGAAGAUCUUCGGCUCCAUCUGCUCUCUGAGCGGCGUGUUGGUCAUCGCCCUGCCGGUCCCCGUCAUUGUGUCCAACUUCAGCCGAAUCUACCACCAGAGCCAGCGAGCCGAGAAGAGACGAGCACAGAAGAAAACCAGGCUUGCUAGAAUUGGUGCGGUGAAGAGUGGAGGUGCUAAGGCUUAUUUGCAGUACAAACGCAGCCGGCUGCUGAUUGACCCCGAGGAGGAGGCGUCCAAAGAAGCAGGACAGGCGCUGGUGUGUAAGGCCAACCCUAACUUUGAGGUGCAUCAUCACCACCUGCUGAACUGCCUGGAGAAGACCACGAACCACGAGUUUGUGGAUGAGAAAACAUACGAGGCCAGCUGCAGGGAUGUUACGCUGCUGAAGCAGGUGUCUCGUUCUUCCUCCAUCUCCUCCUCCUCAUCUCACGGCUUCAGCUCCUGCUGUGGCCGCAGGAAGAGGAAGACCUUCAAUGUCCCAAACUCCAACAUGUCGGUGGGUCUGCAGGGCAGUCUCCAGGAGCUGAGCACCAUCCAGAUCAGGGAGCGACCACUCACCAACAGUCGAGCCAGUCUCAACGCCAAAUUUGAGGAGACGGUUCCUCUAAACUGUGACCAGCCCUACAUCACCUCCGCCAUCAUCAGCAUGCCCACGCCGCCCGGCACCACCCCCGAAGGUGACGAAUCUACCAGCUCCACCGACUACUCCCAGGCCAACAUCGUGCGGGUAUCUGCACUCUAGGCCCCACCAAAACCCUCCCAAACUGCCACCCACUGCGCUGGAGGACGGCAGGAGGUGGGCAGUCUACGGCCCGAACAGACUCAGGGUGUGGUAGCUGCAUCAUGUGUCCACAUUUCAGACCUGCGUGGAGGAGCAGGUCGCACUACAACUAACUCUGCUUUGGACUCUGGUUGUUUUUUUAUUUCCUUUUCUUCUGGGAGGACUUUUCCUCCGUUACAAUGGCAGCAGCCUCACUGAUGCUUUCUGACUGAAGGUCAUCAGCGCUGUUCUUCCUGUGCUGUAUGUGGUUGAACUCUGGGCAGGUGUCGUUAUUCUGAAUGCUGGUUUAGUGCAGAUCUGAGCCACAGCGAUGAGAAUCGGAUCAUUCUGAGACAUGUUUAGCACAAAGACUGGCAGCUGGACCAGCUCUCCACAUCAUUACAUCAGUUACCUUCUAUCUGGGUUUGUCUGACUGCAGCUGGACGUUAGGCCCAGAAGCUCAGUCGGAGAUAACUGCACUUUUGUCAAGCUUUAAACUUUCAAAUCACCUGCACUGCUCUGAGUAGCUCUGCUGAGCUUCUUAAUUUAGGCUUAGAGGUCUCCAGCUGACUUUAACUUAUUUAUCUCCAGUCACUGGAAUUCACUUCCUGGGCUUGCAGCCUUUGUGCUGAACCUGAACCUGUAGAAAACAGGAUGAGACACCUGACUGAGGGUUUCUAUCACACGUUAUACCACGGCCUCGAGCCCGUCCAGACCCUCCAGUGACCCUCCAGUGUCUGCAGAAA